GUUAUGUAGAUGCGUACACGACUCGAAGCGAUUCAUUUACUGUAUAUCGGACAAGUGUCUCUCGGGUACCGCACUCGCGAUUAUUACGCACGUUUGUACGUAAAAAUUCGAUUAUCUCUCGCUCUCUCUUCCCCGAGGCAUAUUAUUAUUAAUCAAAAUCAGAGUAUCGUAGCCCGCGCGCGUGUACAUAGCAGCGGUGUAUAGGGCACACAUGUAAUAAUUCUAUGAUAAGCCUAAGCUCUCUCGGUGGGGAUCAGAGACGAUCGAGUGCUACUGCCUGCGUACAGGCUAUAAUAGAUCGGCUCGAACUCGUUCGCGCGCGUAAAUCGCGGCUCGUGUACGAUCGAGACGGUAGUGCGUAAACGCGCAACGCUACGAAGGAACUGCAGCAGCUCGUGCGCGUUUGUUUGUUUGUUGUGUGUUUCGUGUGGAAUAAUAAUCGUGUGCAAUCGGCGCGCGCGAAAUGAAGAUAUGAGCCCGAGCCCCCAAGGCAAGGAACAGAUCGUCGCAUCCGACGUCGACGUAGCAGUAACAACACCAGCAUCGGUAGCAUCAGCAGAAGAAGAGAGCAACAUCUGCCCGCACUGUCUGAGAUCGCCCAAGAGCUGCCUGAAGAAUUUCCUGCCGAAAUUCGCCAUCGCCCAGCCGUGCAGCUGCUUCGUGUCGCUGGCCGAUCGCAAGCACCUCAUCGACGACACCAUGAGCUCCAAUGGCAUCAAUUCCGAUAGCAUCAGCAGCAACGACAGCAGCACCGAGCACACGCCUCCGAGUCGCGAUCACAGUCGGUCCAAUGGAGCGAUCCCCGUUGCGGCAGCGCCGAGACUGUCGCGCCAGAGCAGCGUCGUCCUCGACGAGGAAUGCAUGGACAAUCUGAAGAAGCGCAUGAGCGAGAUGCGCCAGAGCACCAUCAGCGAUCUCAGCCACAAGCUCAACUGCAUGAUGGACGAGGUGAUGGCUCGGCUCAGCAUCAACACCAUGACCCAGGCGGAGCUCCAGCUCUUUCGCAACGGCAGCCCGGAAAAAGUCGCGAGCGACGACGCGAGACGCAGAAAGGGACAGCUCGCCACCAAGGUCUUUCUGCCCAGAAACUCGUACCUCACCGAUCUCCUCAAGAUCAAUCACAUCAAGACGAUCUACAACAUCUUCGUGGUCAUGCUGAUCGUGCUGGUGACCAACACCGCGGUGCAGGACGUGCUCGAGCAGGGCGAGACCCAUCUCGGCCUGAAAACCAUCAAAGCCGGCUUCGGACAGAUCGACAAGGUGCUCGUGGCUUGGCUGCUCAUGGCCGGAUCGACGUUCGCCACUCAUCAAGGAUUUCAGCUCUGGGCGAGGAAACGGCGAGAGAUACCCGCGGCAAAUGCGUUGCAACGGGGAUCGAUCGACUUCCUGGCCUGUCUGACACUCCUCGUGCAACAAGCCGCUUUUAUUUAUUUACCGGCGAGACUGUGUGUGCUGGAACGACUGCCACCCGCGUCCAGUCUGCUGCUCAUGAUGGAGCAGGUGCGCAUGCUGAUGAAGACCUACGCCUUCGUGCGCACCAACGCGACCAGGAUGUUGUCGAGUAAAAAGGACAAGGUGGACGGAGAGGACAAAGAAGCCGCGGUGGUCGGCUGUCCGGAAUUCUCCAAGUUUCUCUACUUCUUCUUCGCGCCGACCCUCAUAUACCGCGACGAGUAUCCAAGGCUAGCGACUAUCCGCUGGCGAGUCGCCCUUUGGAACCUGCUCGAGAUCUGCAUGACCAUCUUCUACGUAUCCUUCAUCUUCGAGCGCUUCAUCCUGCCCCCGUUCGACAAGUACGGCCGCGACAUAUUCGAGCCCAAGCUCGCCGUCAUGACCACCUUCUCCUUCAUGCUCCCGGGCUUGGUCAUGUUUCUCUUCGGCUUCUACUGCGUCCUCCACUCCACCCAGAAUCUCUUCGCCGAGCUGCUGCGCUUCGCCGAUCGUCAAUUCUACAAGGACUGGUGGAACAGCACCUCGUUCGACGCCUACUAUCGGCUCUGGAACAUCCCCGUGCACGACUGGCUGUACGAGUACGUCUACAAGGACGUGUAUCACGCGACGAGGGGCAAAAAGCUCCCGGCCACCCUGGCCGUGUUCUACAUAUCGGCCAUAGUGCACGAGUACAUACUCGCCUUCGCCUUCGGAUUCUUCUACCCGGUCAUGUUCGUGUCGUUCGGCAUAAUGGGCGUGCUGCUGGUCUUUCUCACCAAGAAGCACUCCAAGGUCGACGGCAACGUCUUCAUCUGGUGGAGUCUGUUCACCGGCACCGGGCUGCUGUUCAGUCUCUACUCCAUGGAGUACUACGCAAGGGCCCAUUGUCCGCCUUAUCAGGGACAUAUGAGAGAUUUACUCAUGCCGAGGAGCUGGACGUGUCGAAACUCCACAGUGGGUUACAUGUAGAUAAUAAUCGAGGGAGAGAGAGAAAGAUCCGAGAUACAUAUAUUAUGUAUAUUUUUGUUGUUGAUUAUAUUCAUAUGUGUAUAUGCGGGUGCCAUUAAUCGUUAAAGCUAUGAUCGUUAUAUUAUAGGAUAAUAAUGUAUUAUUUCUUCGAGUGUACAGUUUAUUUUUUUUCGAAUAUGUUACAAAUAGAUUAUAUACCGUUAAAAAAAAAAAAAAA